CCACGAGGUGGGUGGCAAGCUUGCACUGAUGUACCCGUCGGUGUGAAAAAAGAGAUAAGUGGGCGACCCGAUGGACUACACCAGGCACAGCAGAGGGGCGUAGUGUAUAGGAGAGAUCAGAGAGAUGCUCGAGAGACAGGCAGAGCAGGGUAUGACGACCCCCACUGCUUAAGUAUACUAUCGACGGUUUGGCGGCCGGAACGAAAUCGUUGACGAGCUGCAAUGUGUCAAUCUCUGAUGCGCAACGCCCGGGGGGGCAUUUGGCGAGACAGGAGCAGACGUCAAGGGGAGACAAGGUCCAGGAACGGAGGUGAAGAUGCGUCCUCUGGAACCAGAGAGCAUGCGCCCGGCGGAAGCUCGCCAGUCAGAUAUCGACGAGUUAUCUCCGUGCGGAGGCAAAUGGCCGGGCGGAACACGCCCCAGUAGUGUAGAGUCCCGAUAAUCUCGGGAGAGCAUGCAUCAGGCCGGCACGAGCACCCCACCCACACAGGUCUAUCGCCG